AUUAUAUAUCAUAUCAAAUAGAAAAAUUAUAUUUCGAUUUAUAAAAUUUAUUUAUAUGUUCGUACCAAUUUAAUUAUAUACGUAGUAGAUAAUGACUUUUUAAUUAUUAUAUAUAUAUUUAUUAUUUCAUAAUAUGUUAUAAACAUAUAAUAUAUAAAAUAAUUUAUAUAUAUAAUGUUCAUUCUGCGUAAGGCGCGGGUCUCAACCUAGUAUGUACUAUUAAGAGUAUAUACUAUUGUUUUGUACAUGUAAAAUAACAUCAUCGGUGGUGUUUCCAUCAUUGUUUACUCUCCUCUGUAAAUGCGAUUAUAUUUCUACCAUAACUACCACAAGACCAUAUAAUCAAUGAUCCAAUACUCACUUAUGAUGUAAGUUAAUUCUUUUUCUCAUCCUCAUGUCCUUCAUCAUCGAUGUCAUAUGUUCUCUCUGUCACUGAUUACCUGGAAAGGAAAAUGCUAUAAGCGGCUCAAAUGUGUGUUAAAUUUUAUUUAGUUAAAACAUUAAAAUCAGUAUAAAGUGCUUUAUUUCCCUUCCAAAAUUGGUUACUCAGCAAAUUAACACAUUUAAUUAUUACUUGGAGCCCUUUCCAACGCAAUUUGAACAUGCGGCAGUAGGUUUUGGACCUUUUGGUUUUAUUAUAACUUUAACCGCAAAUAAUACGGAGUAUUAUUUUCUGAAAAAAAAAGCAAAAACAAUUAUUUUGGAAGUUACAAUUUAAACUUGUAGGUGAGUUACAACUUUUGUUUUCCUUGUGAUCUACUUGAACUCAUUUCUGCUUAUUGAAGCAUUAGUUUAAUAAAUUGUGUGCGUAUUUUCUUAAGCUAACUUGUGAUAAAUUUUUGAUAGAUCCAAAUCAUCCGAUACAUUCUUUUUCUUUUGACAUCAAAUGCUUAUAUUAAAAUUAAUAGUCUAAUAGACUAAGACGGUGACAAUCUGAAAAAUUCUCAACGAUAGACUCGUAAACAAAAAUAACUAAAAUAUGACGAAUGAUAGAUGCGGCUAAAGAGAGAAAAGAUCCAUAGAAAAGUUUCACUUAUAGUCAUAUAAAACCCACAUUUGAAAGAACGUAAAAAAAUCAAAAUCGACGUUGAAAAACCCACCAAUGAAUUUUGAAAACAAAAUGUCUAAGAUCCUCCAUAGAAAAUAGCAGCUCCGAUGAGAAGAUCGCAAAGCCGACUCUACGAAGAACCAUCAAUGUUUGGACUGGAUGAUGUAAUGCGAUGAAAACACAGCGAUAAUAACAAGUAGAUCUAGCGAGACCACACUUUUACACACUAGUUCCGGCAAACUGAGAUACACACAUUUGUAAAACAACCUCUAAGGGCCCUCCAUUAUCAUCUAACACAAAUGGGUUUGAAAACGGAAUAAGCCGAACAAAGAGCCUAAGACAAAUCCAAGCCCACCUAAAAAACAAACCGAAAUCAAAGCCUAACCCAACUAAACCGAAUAAAAAUUCAUAUACGAGUAGUCAUUUUGACCGGUCAGAUAUUCAAAACCGAACGAACGGUCGCGAUUGCCCGGUCAUCAUCGUCUUCAUUUAAGCAAGAGAAAGAGUCCUUAACGCCGGGAUGAAUCAAAACCAAACCACUUCCUCUCGUGCUGACCACACUCCAAGAGUCUCAGAUCUCGAAAGAUGGCGACGAAAAUCUCUCACCUUGCUCGUCUCUCCACCACCAAUCGCCAAUUCCGCUUCCAGACCCGAUCGUUCCCAUGCCUCUGGUCUCGCCACGUGUCUUUAUGUGCAGUGUUUUGUAGUUAGAAGCGUUGAUGGGAACAGCUCAGAAACACCUGCUUCCCUGAGCUACACAGCUGAGGUUUCUAAACCUUUUGUUGAGAAAACAUCAAAACCGUAUUCCUCAGUUGAUGAAACUGCUACCAGUAAGGAACAUGUUGACACGGUACAGCCAAAAAGAGCAGCGAAGAUCCACGACUUCUGUUUCGGCAUUCCUUAUGGUGGGCUCGUUAUGAGUGGAGGGUUGCUUGGAUUUGUGGUUUCACGGAACCUAACAAGUUUAAGUACUGGGGUCCUCUAUGGUGGUGGCCUUCUUGCUCUUAGUACAUUGAGCUUGAAGAUUUGGCGUCAGGGAAAAUCUAGUUUCCCUUAUAUUCUUGGUCAAGCAGUGCUUUCAGCUGUCGUCUUCAGCAGGUAUACUAAGAGAUGCUUACUAAUUCUUUCGAAAUCCUAAAU